AUGUCUCAAACAACGGUCAAACCUGCUGUGGCAUUUGUCGGAUCUACGGGUCUUCUUGGGAAAAGCAUGGUCCCAAUUUUCGCGCAAGCUGCGAACUCAGGUGAACUCAGUGAACUUCGCCUCCUUGUUUCUUCAACCCCCAAGCUUUGGCUCGAACGGCUCAUCUCGGACACUGUGAAGAUCGUUCAAGUGAACUAUGCAGAUCAAAAGGCUCUUGAGAAUGCAUUACAAGGAGUUGACGUCGUUGUUAGCGCUCUAGGAACUAACGGGACAGAAGUGGCAAGACGGAAUCUGAUCAAUGCUGCCGUUGCUGCCAAGAUAAAGGCUUAUGUUCCCUCUGAGUACGGCUCUGACAUGGACGUAAAUCCGUACCCCCUUCCAAUGUUCGAAGAAAAGCAAGCACACCUAAGAGAGGCCAAAGCAGCAGGACUCAAAACCAUCUCCUUGCUCACUGGUUUCUUCCUGGAAACUAUCUUUUCCCCACCUUUCGGAUUCAUCUCCGCCACGAACACAUGGAACCUCCCUGAUUCGGGAAGUAACCGCUUUGCUGUUACUUCGAUGGCUGAUAUCGGACGGUAUACUCUGCGAGCUGUAAUUUUGGUGUUUGAAGAGCCCGAAAAAGCCCUAGAAAAGCUCCGUAUUUUGGGCGAUAAUAGUACUUUGGAUGAAUAUGCUGCUGCCUUCGAAAGUAUCUCCGGAGAGCCCCCCACCAAGAACACGAUUUCACGAGAUCAACUCAAAGCCAAUUUCGACGCUGACGGAACUAUCGUCGAACUCGUUAAACUUCUGGUUGCCGAUGGACUUGCCGAUUUCACGGAGAACGACAAUGAGCUUUUAAACCCCGGACAGAAGUACUUCAAGCCUAAGACAGUUGCGGAAUAUGCGAAAGAAGUUGGAGGGAAGCCAUGGAUUACGAUCCAUUCGCCUGAAAUUGAUGCGUCGUGA